GUGACACCACCUCAGCCAUAUCUAUCGUAAAACUACCCAGCACGUACCCACAUAUUUCUGAGCCAAGCACAGAGAGGCGUCGUCGCUGGACUAAGAGGUUAAAGAGGAAGGUAAGACACAGUUUUUAAAAAAAAUAUUUGUUUUAAAGGAAUGCUUGGCCUUUUUUUUAAUCACGUGACUACACAAUGCUUGUCAGCAUUGAUACAUAACAUAAUAUGGACAUUUAAGAACUAAUUUUUUUUUUUUUAAUGUUUGUUGUGCUCCUGCUACACGCCACAAAUUCUUUUUUUUUUUUCUUUCUUUUCUUUAAAUAUUGAAAGUCAUUUACGUUUCUAGCCCCUUAUGAAUGCAUUAAGUAUUCGAUUAUAUGUCUAUUUAAUGUAAUUCACGAGCUUAUUACUAGAUAGAAGACUAACUUUUGAAAGUCAUAUUAACAUGCUAUGCAGGGCGAUUUUUCUGGAGCUGCGCAGGAUUAGUCAAAUCAGGCCCUUCCUAACAAUUGAUACAACAAAGAGGCUGAUGUCUGCAUUUGUGCUAUCACGCAUGGACUAUUGCAAUGCUCUCAUGGUGGGUCUUCCAGCUACGCUCCUGGAUAAAAUUCAAAUAGCACAGAAUAAUGCGGCUCGCAUAGUUCUCCGCAAACGCAAAUUCGACCAUGCAAAAACACUUCUGAGAGAGUUGCAUUGGCUGCCGGUGCGUGCUCGCAUAGAGUACAAAAUCGCAACUUUGUGCUACCGCUGCUUACAUGACCUGGCGCCGUCCUACCUGAAAGAGCUGCUGACGCCUUAUGUACCCAGUAGAGAGCUCCGCUCAUCCGAUAGUGGCAAACUCUCGACACCACGUGUUUGCCUUGAGACUUAUGGAAAGCGCACUUUCGCAUUUGCUGGUCCAACAAUUUGGAACGCCCUUCCUGUCGAUCUUAGAAACAACCAGACACUGGAGUCCUUUAAAACAGAUCUAAAGACACAUCUAUUUCGCAAAUACCUUCUGGGAUGAUUGUCUACCUUAUUUUCCAUGUGUUGCUGUGUUGCUUAGUGUUGAAAUGGCCAGAAAGACUUUGAUAUUGUAUGCUUGUAAUUAGUUUUUGUAGUGUUGUGUUUGUUUUAAAUGUGGUGAAUUAUAGAUUGUUUUUUGUUGACUUUGUACCGCGCUUCGAGCCUUUGGGGAUGAAGCGUGUUUUUUUUUAAAUGAACUUUAUUAUUAUUAUUAUUACUAUAAAUUAUUUGAAAUCUAAACGAAAAAGAAGGGAAACAAUUAUUUGAAAGCAUUGUAAUGGGGACGCUUUAAGGAUUCUAAAAAUCCAACGCUGUACCAACGGUUGUCUCAUCGGCGUGAGUUCCAGGUAGAGACCGACCGAGGUGAUUGUAUGAUUUCGGCCGAAACCGAAAUAUUUAGAUGUUUCGUAUUAUGUUCCCGCAUGCAUUCUGCAUACAUCAGUGAGUUUGUUCAUAAAGAUCGCUUAGUUUGUUCUUAAAGAUCGCUUAGUUUAAUCUUAAAGAUCGUUUAAUUUGUUCUUAAAGGUCGCUUAGUUUAUUGUUAUAGAUCAUUUAGUUAUUCUUAGAGAUCGCUAAGUUUGUUGUUAAAGAUCGUUCAGUCUUUUGUUAAUGAUCGCUUUAUUUGUUCUUAAAGAUCGCUUAGUUUGUUGUUAAAAAUCGUUUAGUUUGUUCUUAAAGAUCGCUUAGUUUUUGUUUAAGAUAUAUGUUAGUUUGUGAUUAAAAGAUCGUUUAGUUUGUUCUUAAAGAUAGUUUAGUUGGUUCAUAAAGAUUGCUUAGUUUGUUCUUAGAGAUGAUUGAUUUUUUUCUUAAAUAUCCCUUAGUUGUUCUUUGUUCUUAGUAGUUUGUUUUUAUAGAUCUUUUAGUUAGUUAUAAAAAGAUCUUGUAGUUUGUUCUUAAAGAUCGCUUAUUUUGUUGUUGAAGAUCGCUUAGUUUUUUCAUAAAGAACGAUUAGUUCGUUCUAAAGGAACAAUAGAUUUUUCUUUAGGAUCAUUUACUUUGUUGUUAAAAAACUUUUAGUUUGUUCCUAAAGAACAUUUAGUUUUCUGUUAAAGAUCGCUUAGUUUAUUCUUUUAAAUAUUUUAGUUUACUAUUAAAGAUCAUUUGUUUUGUUCUUAAAGAUCAUUUAGUUCAUUCUAAAAAAAAAGUCUAGUUUGUUCUUCAAGAUCGUUUAGUUUGUUCUUUAAGAUCGCUUUAUUUUGUUCUUAAAGAUCGUUUAGUUUGUUCUUAAAGGUCGCUUAGUUUGUUGUUAAAUAUCGCUUUCGUUGAGUAUUAGUCAUAUAUGACAUACAAUGACAGUAAGACGUCGAUCACUAAUGAAUAUCAGAUUGUCGGCCUAGAGACAGACAGACAGUCUGAUUUCUGGUAGAAAACCUCAGUCACUUUCGGCCGCAUGCCCGAAAGUCUAAGUCAAUUUCGGCCAAAACCGAAAAGAAACCGAAAGUUAACUUUUCUCUUUUGGCCGAAACCGAAAUUAAGCCGAAAGUUAACUUUUCAGUUUCGUCCGAAACCGAAACUUUGCCGAAAGUGAUAAAAUUGUCACUUUGGCGCCGAAACUGAAGCCGAAAUUCGGUCGUCUCUAGUUCCAGGUGAAAUUUCUGUUUUCUGUUAAAAUCAUGCUUAAGUUACUUUAUGGGGAAAAGUUCACAUUUAUUGUUUGCUAAUUUAAAAAAGUAUUACAUAAAAUUCCCAUGAAAAAAUCUCACCCCCCCCCCUACUUCCCCCACCGCACUAAAUACGAUUGAAAAUUUAAUGUUGAAAAUAUUGAUCAAAUCACCCUAAACUCUAUGAAGAGAUGCUUUCUUAAUUUUAAAAAAAAAAAAAGAUUUAAAUUUAUCCACAUGGCUUUAUCAUCCUUAAUAGCGACACUAAAUAGUUACUUAUUUAUGUGCUGCAAGAUGACAUCAUUAUUUUUUUCAUUGAGGGGCCUUUUAAUUGUGUCUCCAACGAAUGUAUUAAUAUAUUCAAUUAUAUUUUGUUCAAUACAUUACACAAGAUUAUUACUUUAAAUCAUGUUAAUAAAAAAAGAAGGAAACAUAAAAGAAUGAAAGAAUGAAUUAAAGCAUUGAAAGGGGGACACUUUCUUUAUUCUGAAACUGCAACGCUGACGUAACGGGUCGUCUCGAUAGCACGCGUUCCAGACGAAAAUUCUGUUUUCUUUUAACGUUAUAUUUAACAUACGUUUCACUUUUAUAUUAAGUUAUAAAUAAUGUUCGAGAUAGUAUCCAUACAAAGAAAUGUAUGUUUCACAGAAAUAAUAAUAUACUUCGAAUAACUUAAAUCACAAUUCCUUUAAGAAUUUCUUAGCAUUAUGUUCUUUCACUUCAUGGUAAAAAUCUUAAAAUUUACCCAGUCUCUUAUGAUUGUCUUUCUUAAGUCCCUCUAAACCAGUGGUUCUUAAACCUUCAAUGCAGCGACCUUUCAAUACAGUUUAUCGGGUUGUGUUAGCCUCCCCCCCCCCCACCAUGAAAUUAUUUUCGUUGCUACGUCAUAAAUAUGUAUUUUCCGAUGGUCUUAGGCGACCCUGUGUAAGGGUUGUUCGACCCCCCCCCACCAAGGUGUAAGGACCCACAGCUCAAAUACCGCAGCUCCAAAACUAUUGUUAUCACGUGACCCAAACAAACACACCGAUUGGAGAGUCUUUACAAGUCCCAACACUCUGUAUAAUAUGCAGGAGGAAUAUGAACGAUCUCAAUUGUCUCCCAUUAGUGGUUCACGCAUUCAUUUUGAUAUUUGUUACGUUACUUUAACAGGAAGUUACCACAGUCAUCUUUUAAUUUAUAGUUUAACAUUUACGCAAUGUCAUAAAAAAAAUUUCCCCCCCCCCCCCCCCCCCCGCGCCCCCCAAUCCGACCUGAAUUGAUUUCAGUUUGAUUCUUUUUUUAAAAUAGAAAAUGUUUCAAAAUUGUACUUAGAUCAUUUGAGCACACAUAUAUGGAUACAAGAUGGCGGCUUACUAACUCUUGUUGUUUGUUUUUUUACUGACAAGUCCCAUAGUUCGUUCAAGAUGGCCGCAGCGUUCGUUGGGAAAUGGAAGCUUGGCAAAGUUGAGGGCGCCGAAGAGUAUCUAGCUGCAGGUCAGUAACUCUGUUUGAGGGUCAAGACUGUUAGCCUUUUGUUUGGAGUCAAGGUCAGAAACUUUAUUAGGGGGGGGGGGGUCAAGGUCAGCAGUUCGCUUGGUUUCAAGUUCGGUGUUUGUGUUCAAGGUCAGUACAUUGCUGGGGUUCAAUGUCAGUAGUUGUUUUAGUGGCUCAAGGUCGGUAGAUUGUUUGGGUUCACCAGCCUCUCUGCUUGCGAUCAAGGUCUGUUAAGAUAACGAUAUUAAUCGAUGCAGAAUUGAUUGGGUCAGUGGAACUUAUCUGAGUAACGCACGGGUUUGUGCAGUGAUCGCUUUAUAGAGUAACCGAAAUACACAGUAGCCCAGGAGAGAAAGACGCAAGUACAUAAGACUCAAAGUACAGAGUACCUCUUGAUUAGAGAAUAAGUUAGUAGGGGAUUUCCCAAUUAAAUACCAUGGCAGAUGGUACCCCAGUAGAGAGUGCCCCAGUAGAAAGUGUAAGUAGAAAUUACAUACAGUGGAAAGGGAGCCAUUGCAUAGUUACCCAUUAGGUAGUGGCCCAGUAGACAAUACCUUAGUACAUAGUACCCCUCAGUAGAAAGUACAUCAUUAGAAAGUACCCCAGUGGAUCCCAUGAGAACUUUAUAUACCAUUAGGUAAUAAGUCAGUAGACAGUACCCAUGUAGAAGUACAUCAAAAGACAGUACAGUUGUAGACAGUAUAAUGUUCAUAUUAUAAUGUUGUGUACACCUAUCGCGUUCAGUUGGCGGGGCCGAUACCAUCAACGACAUCAUCAACAUCAAGGAAGUCAACAUCUCCGUCGACGGCAACAACUUCACGUCCGUUGUCAACAUCGAAGGCAAAGAGCCACGAAAGGACACGUCAGUGCUAGGCGAGACAGUGGAGACAGAUGCUCCUGGAGGCAUCAAGUUAAAGGUGAGAGGCGAGAGGAGGAGAAAGGGUGAGGGUGGAGGGGAGUUAGGAGGGAGCAGCCAAGGAAGUACACGUCAGUGGUAGGCGAGACAGUUGAGACAGAAGGUCCCGGAGACAUCGAGAUUAAGGUGAGAGGGGAGAGGAGGAGAGAGGGUGAGUUUGGAGGGGAGUUAGGAGGGAGGAGCCAAGGAAUGACACGUCAGUGCUGGGCGAGACAGUUGAGACAGAAGGUCCCCGAGGCAUCGAGAUUAAGGUGAGAGAGGGGAGAGGAGAGGGAAAGAAGACAAAUGUAGGUCACAUAAAUCUAAGCCGUAGAGGAAAAAAAAUACGUCGCAUGGUUUUCUAGUUCCGGGUGGAAUGCGCAUGUCAGACUGCACAAGACUGCAGCUGAAGGAAAACUCUCCUAGCAAUGCUCAGCCAUAGAGUACCCCCGUGAGUUUGCUCCACUGAGUGGCUACGUCAAAGUAAGCAUAAUGGGGAAAUCCCAUAAGUUGUUUAUAUCGACACCAGAGCGGUGUGAUAGUGGUGUGAAGAGAGAUGUGCAUAGACGAGUUUACCGAGAGGGAAAACAGAAGGAAAUAUUUUUUAUUUUUUUUAAAAAUAAUAAUAAACCUUUAUAAGCAUACAAGAUAUAGCCCGCCAAACAUUGGCGGCUGCAAUGCGUGAACUUCCCAUCUACUAAAGUUACUUGACAAAACAUGAACACAAGUAACGCACAUUCAAGAAUCUCAAUUUUUGUUACCCCCUCCCCUUUUUUAUUUCCCGCCCAUGAACUAUUUUAAAUAUUCUGAUGUCCCAACCACUUUGAAACUGAAUUAUUUUUUUUACACCAUAUUUAAAUUGAGACGAUUUCAUUUUCAGAAAAGAAAAUAGUACGCACCAAACGCGUGUGCUUAUUUUUAAAAAAAAAAAGAAUAGAUCAUUUAGCGUAGUUAUCGGGAAUUAUAUUUUACGCGCUAUUGAACUCAUUAUUGAUCCAUAUUUUUUUUUCACCAUUUAGAAUUAUUUGUAAUAUAAUCUCAAAACCAUAUACGUUGAAUAGGAAGCAGCCAGAAAUGGAAGCAGUAGCAGUCCACGAGUCACGCCAGAAGCGUAACAUAUCUAAGAGAAACACAAAUUAACGAAAACUUGCCAUAGUGAUAGAGAAACUUUGACAGCCAGUUGGAGGCAAAUAUAUUACUUAACAUGAACAACAGCUGUGCAAUGUUAUUUUUAUGUUUUAUGUCUUUUUUAUAAUUCAAAAGACUUCUCUUUCUUUUUUUUUUUGAACACAAGGAUUGGAAAAAGGGGUGGGGGUGGGAAGAGGGUGUUCAUAAAUGGAGCGUUCGUGACGAGGGCGUUUACAAAUAUAAUCUCUAACACGGGAAAUGUUUUAUAAAUUUAAAGCUUUCCUCUGUCAUGAAAACAUGACACAAAACACCAGGUGUUACAAACACCGGGUAUUGAAAACACCCCCCAAAUGACGCAUACGCUCGUCUCCUCAUCAGAUUAAAACUUACGUCGAAGGUGAGCAGCUGAUCCAGGCCGGGAAUGCCGGUGGCGUGGAGUGGAAGGUG